AUGGCUUCUUUUCAGAAUGUCUACACUCACCGGAAGGUUGCUGACACUGCUUCCAAGCCAUGUGAGAUCUGUUAUAAACCGACUGCAAGUGUCCUAGUCGCCUCGGAGAACAAGGACUUCUUCUACGUUUGUCCUGGUCACAUCAAAGACAGAAAGUUUUGUACUCCUAUCAUUGAUGAGGCUGCUGUGGCUGCUAAGAAGAAGAAGGAAAUGGAAGCCGAGGUAGAGAAAGUUAAGAAGGAGUUUGAAGAAAGACAGAAAAAGAAGAAGGAAAAGGAAAAGGAGAAAGACAAGGAGAAAGAUAAGGACAAGGAAAGCGAAGAAAAGAAGGACAAGGCCAAGGAGGAGGACGGUGAAACUGAGAAGCAGAAACAAACGGACGAAACAUCCAUACCAGAGGAGGAGCCUCGGGUAUUUGCUUUGGCGAAGAUGUUCUAUCAACAAAGAAUCGACAAAAAGAGAAACGCAGAAAUCGCCAAACGAAAUCGCGAACGUCUACAAAAUCCAAACCUCUUUCCACAGGUGCCCAAAAACUUCCCGUGA